GCAGGAGAAGCCGGAAGUAAACAGAGAGAAACUAAACGUCGCAGCUGAAAUCAUGUCUGUUUCUAACCCGAGACAAACCUUUUUAAACCCGGCGAUCCCCUUCGCUGGGACGAUCCUGGGCGGUCUGUUGCCGGGGGAGAUGGUCCUCAUUCAGGGCUCCGUGCCGUCUGACGCUGACAGGUUCCAGCUGGAUUUCACGUGUGGCAGCAGCGUGGAGCCGAGGGCCGACGUGGCGUUCCACUUCAACCCGAGGUUCAAGCAGAGGUCGCCGUGCAUCGUCUGCAACACGCUGCAGAAGGGGAGCUGGGGCCGAGAGGAGAUCCUCUACAAGAAGCCCUUCACUGUCGGAGCCACGUUCGAGCUCAUCGUCCUCGUCCUCAAAGACAAGUUCAAGGUGGCGGUGAACGGAGGUCAUGUGCUGGAGUAUAACCACAGACUCGACCUGGACCGAGUCGACACGCUGCUCAUUUCUGGGAAGGUCAAAGUUGAAGUGAUCGGCAUCCUCCCGAGCUCUACUUCAGUUUCUCCUGCAGCCAGUCUGACCAACGCGGAACCAGAGCUGAAACAGUUAAUCUCUUCAUCUGCUGACUCGCCGAUAAUUUCCUCAUCAGGCGACUUGAGCGUUCCCUUCAGAGGUGAGCUGGUGAAAGGCCUCGGCGCCAAACGCAGCAUCAACAUCAAAGGAGAAACCAAUCGCAACGCAACCAGUUUCAGUGUGAACCUGAUAGUGUCCGGCGGCAGCGACAUCGCUCUUCAUCUGAACCCUCGUCUGAAGAAAAGCGUCUUCGUCAGAAACUCCUUCCUGUCGGACUGCUGGGGUCCCGAGGAGACGCAGCUGGAGGGCAGAUUCCCCUUCACUGCAGGGAAAUACUUUGAGAUGAUCAUCCUGUGCGACUCUCAGAAGUUCAGAGUCGCCGUUAACGGCUUCCACCAGCUGGAUUACAAACACCGGGUGCAGGAUCUGAGCUGCAUCACUCAGCUGGAGGUGAUCGGCGACGUCACUCUGCAGGAUGUCAAGCUGCUCUGACCUCUGACCUCUGACCCCCCCGACUCCCCUCGCCUGCAUCUUUUUACAUAUUGUACUAAUAUACAGUAUUUAUAACCGUUUGAAGAAAAGCUGCAACCUCACAAUACUCAUAUCCCGUUAUUAAUCAGCGCCAAGUUCAAGAAAUGUUUAAUCUGUCGAAGGAAAUGUUAAAUUUUUGUAAAGUUUGAGUUCAUAAUGUGAGUUUUUUUUUUUUUUAAUCACAAGAAGAUUUCAAACCUGAAGCCGGAAUGAAAGUAUUGUAAGAUCAAAAACACAUCGCCUAUCUGUCUGUAAUCAUUCCUGUUAACAUACUUUGUAACCACAUUAAAAACACAAGCUUGUUUAUGUGUGAACGGAUCAAAUAAACUGACCUCCAGGA